AAUAUAAGUACAAGUAAUUUUAUGUUUCCAAUUAGAAAAAAUAAAAAUGAGGAGUUAACUGAUGAUGAAAUAUUAUAUAAUGAGACAUUUGGUAGCUUCAGAAGUAAAAUUGAAAGUUAUUUUGGUUUACUUGGUAAUAAAUUUAAAAGACUUAAUAAUAAUGAAAGAAAUUUACUUUUAUUAUUAAAUAUACAAAAGCUUGUUAAUAUUUAUAAUAUACCUAUAAAACUAAACCAUAUUUUAUGGUCUAAUGAAAACUUUAAUUAUCCUAAUCCAGAUAAAGAAAUAGAUAAUAUUAUAUACAAGUUUAAGUUAGUAAAACUAGUGGAAAUGAAUAAUAGAUAA